AUGAAUAAUAAUUUUCAAAGACACUCGUCACAAUCAAAUUAUUCGCUGAAUGUUGAUACUUAUACAGGUGGAUAUUAUACUCAGCCUCAACGAAGUCCUUUAACAAAACCUGUUGAUCAAUUGGCAUAUGAAAUUCCUUCUAAUAAAUAUGCUAGAAAUCUUUGGUCAUAUGCUCCUGAAUUUUUGAAAGUUUUUUCUGAUUUACGAGUGCAUGAAGGUGGUAAAGCAGUUUUUGAUUGUAUUUUAAUUGGUACACCAAGGCCGAAAGUUUGUUGGCUUUUUAAUGACGAAAAGUUAACCUUUAAAGAUGUAAUAAUUGAAGAUACUGCCGAUUUAUGUAGAAUUACAAUACCUUAUGUUCGCUCUUAUCAUUAUGGUACAUAUACGGUACUUUGUGAAAAUGAAGUUGGAAGAGCAGUAACAAGUGGAGAAUUAUUAUCAUUUUAUUAA